GUCAUUUCCGGCGCGGAGCGACGGCUUGGGCGGAGAACCGGGCAGGCCGCAGGGGCUGGAGCAGCAGAGCCCGGCCGGGUCCGCGGUCGCCGGAGCGCGUCCAGUUGGCGUCUCGGCCUCGGCGGAAAGCGCGGCCGCCCUGCCGUGCCCAGGGGCCGCCGCGAUGCCGUUUCUGCACGGCUUCCGGAGGAUCAUCUUCGAGUACCAGCCACUGGUGGAUGCGAUUCUGGGCUCCUUAGGGAUCCAGGACCCCGAGCGGCAGGAGCCCCUGGACCGGCCCAGUUAUGUUGCCAACGAGGAGAGCCGACUCCUUGUUCUCUCUGAGCUGCUGGAGAGGAAGGUCCACUCUCCCUUUUACCAGGAAGGUGUGAGCAACGCCCUGCUCAAGAUGGCUGAGCUGGGGCUGACGCGGGCAGCAGAUGUUCUUCUGCGGAAUGGGGCCAAUCUCAACUUUGAAGACCCAGUCACCUACUACACGGCCCUGCACAUCGCUGUCCUGCGGAAUCAGCCGGACAUGGUGGAGCUGCUGGUGCAGCACGGGGCCGACAUCAAUCGAAGGGACCGGAUCCACGAGAGCAGCCCCUUGGACCUGGCCAGUGAAGAGCCGGAGCGCCUGCCCUGCCUGCAGCGGCUCCUGGACCUUGGCGCCGAUGUCAAUGCAGCUGACAAGCAUGGAAAGACUGCUCUGCUGCACGCUCUGGCCAGCAGCGACGGUGUGCAGAUCCACAAUACUGAGAACAUCCGGCUCCUGCUGGAAGGAGGGGCAGAUGUCAAGGCUACCACCAAAGACGGGGACACCGUGUUCACCUGCAUCAUCUUCCUGCUUGGUGAGACUGUGGGAGGGGACAAAGAGGAGGCCCAGAUGAUAAACCGCUUCUGCUUCCAAGUAACACAACUGCUGCUGGCUCAUGGGGCAGACCCCAGCGAAUGCCCAGCCCAUGAAUCCCUCACCCAUAUUUGCCUCAAGAGCUUUAAACUGCAUUUCCCUCUCCUGCGCUUCCUGCUGGAGUCUGGCGCUGCCUACAACUGUUCGCUCCAUGGUGCGUCCUGCUGGUCUGGCUUUCACAUCAUCUUCGAGAGGCUCUGUUCCCAGCCAGGCUGCGCUGAUGACGAGAGCCACGUGGACCUCCUGCACAAAGCCGAGACUGUCCUGGACCUCAUGGUGACUAACUCCCAGAAACUCCAACUGCCUGAAAACUUCAAUAUCCACCCAGUAGGCAGCCUGGCAGAAAAGAUCCAGGCCCUCCACUUCUCCUUGCGGCAGCUGGAGAGCUAUCCCCCACCCCUCAAGCACCUGUGUCGUGUGUAUAUCCGGCUCUACCUUCAGCCGUGGCCUGUGGAUGUGAAGGUCAAAGCCCUGCCUCUGCCUGACCAGCUGAAGUGGUACCUUCUCAGCAAGCACAGCGGCACCCUUGAAGAUGACAUCUGACAGGGCCGGACUAAAGGGAACAGGAUCUGGGCAGCUUAAGUCAACCUGUGAUGGACUGGAGUACCUGUGACAACCUUGGGGCAGGGUCUUUUGAUCUGGGAGAUGAACUGCACCCUUCAUGAGUACAGAGCCAGCCAGGCAGAUGCCACAGCUAUCAUCAUCCCAGUGGUAAAAGGUAUGGCUCUGUGUCUUCAGGAAAACUGUCCCCCUUCCCCCAGUCUCAGCCCCCAUUGGAAAAGGGACAGGGCUUAGGUUUUGGACCAGUUCCUACCCUCUGGAUUUGAGGCAGUGCCAAGUCUAAGCAUCCCCAAGAGCUGUAAGAAUCUGGUUUGUCCCGUGUGGAGGCGCAGCUGGAGCCAGAAGGAAGCUAAGGGUGUGCUCUGUGGCUGCCACCCAGUGAGGCCAUACUCCAGAUUCCGUCACUCAAAAGUGCUUUCGGCGAACUGGGGGAGAAGGCGCUGGGGGCCACCACCUACAGUUCUGGGGCGGGUUGUGCUCUAGUGGCAGCUCUGCUCAGGACAGCCCAGGGCCUCGGGGACCAUGCCUUCUGCUAAAAAGCAAUCGUGAGUGCAUAACCAGGGACAGCCCUUUCAGAAGUAUCUCGUUUUGUGAGGGGCUCGGCAGACAGAGCAAGCCACCAGGACAGAGCUGACUGCACGGCCCAGUGUGGAGGCCUCACAAACUUGCGUCCAAGUCACACUGGUCGUUGUGGGUUGUGUAAAUGCCUUUGGGAAAGAGCUAAGGUAACUAAAUGAUAUGUUUAUAUUAUAAAAUUAAACUGAGUCUCUUGGCCUUAAA